AUGCGGUCCAUCGAAAACAUCGACAUCGACAAGCUCGACGGUCUCGCGGCCCGGGCCUGCGAGCUCUGCCGCCGCCAGGACGGCGUGAAGCGCUGCGCCGCCUGCCAGGCCGUCUACUACUGCGGCCGCGACUGCCAGGCGGCCGACCGCGAGGAGCACAGGAUGGCGUGCAAGGAGAUAAAGCGGGCCCGGCGUCUCUACGAGAGCGAGUACGAAAGGCUGCGAGACAUGCCGAGCGACUUCUUGACGCCCGAGAGCAUGUUCGAAACCCAGGCCGGCCGCUUCUGGGGCAUCCUCGAGACGAGGCCGUACAUGGACGCGCGCUUCGGCCUCGUCCACUCCCUGUUGCUGCACUACGGCGCCAUCGGCGGGCUCGUCGACGUCGUCCAGGCGUCGCUCGAUCACCUCCUCGACAUGAUGCGGCUGUGCCGGUCGGACGACCUGGACCUGCGCCAGAUCGUCCCCAGCCUGUACGUCCGCCUCGGCCGCGACCAGGACGCCUACGACUUUGUCAAGUGGCACGCCGUGACGAGCACGAGCCCGGGCUACGACUACGACGACAUGAGCCUUCCGUACCUCGACGUGCGUGACGCCGACGUCUUCGAGAGCCCGCACGAGGCCUGGCUGCGAGAGGGAUGGAUGGAGCUCAGCCAGGUCGUCGCCGUCACGCUCAUCAAGGUGCGCCUCCUGCUCGACCUGCAGGCGAUGCGGUGCGCCGACGCGACGCUCGCCGGCGUCUUUCCCGCCGAGAUUGUCGACCUCAUCCAUCGCCGGCUCCUCAACAGCGCGCUCGCCGGUCGGACCGACGUCUUGUUCGCCGGAGCCGCCGAGAGGGCGCGGCUGCUGGACAAGGUCCGGAGCCAGAUCGGAGCGCUCUACGGUGCCGUCGACCGCUACAACAAGCACUUUUGGCCGAUGCUCGUCAACGACGUCGAUUCCAGCGAGGUGCAGCCGCUGAGCGACCUGUACAGCCCGAGCACGCCGGUGGAGGCCCAGCUCAUGAUUACCUACAGCUACACCGCCUGGUACGAGACGCCGGGCGCCAUCUGCGUGCUGGGAUGGCUCGAUCGCCUCAAUUACCGACCGCCUCUCCGACGGUCGGAUGGCGAUGCCACAACCGUCCGGGACGAAACGUCACCUGCGGCCGCCACCGCCCCUGGGCCCUCGCCGGAUGCCAUCGGCUCGACCGUCGAUCCAAGCGGCAAACCUCACGCCCGCCACGGGGCACGCUUCUUCUCGCCGAGCUCGGUGGGCAGCAUCGCGGACAUGACAAGCUCCGACGACGCCGCCGUCAUGGAAACCACCGACGCGCCGCCGCCGUCGCCGCCGCCGAAAACUGCCAUCGAACGGCUUCAUGAUUGGGGCUCGUCCUCGCUACCUCCCUCGCUCCUGGCGACGCUCGUCACGGCCCUGCACGCCCGUCCCCUGCAGCCUCUUCCGCUCGUCCUCUUCACGCCGCCCCUGCUGUUCGCCUCGUACCUCAACCUCGCCGGCUACCCCACCGGCAGCGCGGGUCUCGCCGCCGCCUGGUCCGGCAUGUACGCCCUGCUGGCCUUGCGGAGGAGGCAGUCGCUGCGGGGCAAGUUUUCCAUCCGGGGACUCGUCCGCGGAGCCGCCGUCGGCCUCGGCACCGCCAAUGCCGUCGCCGGAGGCUGGGUCUACUUUAUGGGCAAUUUUGAAAGAGAUGAGGAGGAGAGGCUGCGGAGGAAGCGGUGGACGACCAAGGACUAG